GCACGCGUGUGCGCGCGCGCAAACGACAGCGGCAAGCGAGCGAAGCAAACAGCGCAGCAGCCCUCGCGGAAGUAGCAGCAAACUCAGGCGGCGCUAAAUAAAAUUAGCAUACCCGCUUAGCGGUUCGCCGAGGCGGAUGGAAGGUUGAACACCGCCCGCUGGCAUACUACUGACAAAAGAAAAGGGGACAAUAUCCGUUAGAGCCAAACGACGUAAGCGACCGAGUCCGGGCUCGUCUCUUCCGGUCCUUCUUGACGUCCGCUGGCCGUGGAGAUGGGCGACAAGGCGAGUACGAGAGUCUUCAAGAAAUCCAGUCCAAACUGUAAGGUGACGGUCUACUUGGGCAAGCGGGACUUCGUGGACCACCUAGACCACGUGGAUCCAGUCGACGGUGUCAUCUUGGUGGAUCCAGAGUACCUGAAGGACCGGAAAGUCUUCGUCACACUGACUUGCGCCUUCCGUUAUGGCCGCGAGGACUUGGACGUGUUGGGUCUGUCCUUCCGCAAGGACCUGUACAUCUCCACCUUCCAGGCCUUCCCGCCCGUCCCCGAUGAGCGCAAAGCCAACAGUCGACUGCAGGAGCGGCUCCUCAAGAAGUUGGGCCAGCACGCGCACCCUUUCUACUUUACUAUCCCUCAAAAUCUUCCAUGUUCCGUCACGCUGCAGCCUGGACCUGAAGACACCGGCAAGGCGUGCGGCGUGGACUUUGAGAUCCGAGCAUUCUGUGCCAAGAACAUGGAGGAGAAGAUCCAAAAGAGGAACUCUGUGCGUCUGGUGAUCCGCAAGGUGCAGUACGCUCCGGAGAAGGCGGGACCUCAGCCCAUGGUGGAGACCACUCGCAGCUUCUUGAUGUCGGACAGGUCGCUGCACUUGGAGGCGUCGCUGGACAAGGAGCUGUACUACCACGGCGAGCCCAUCAGCGUCAACGUGCACGUGACCAACAACUCCACCAAGACGGUCAAGAGGAUCAAGAUCUCAGUCCGUCAGUACGCCGACAUCUGUUUGUUCAGCACGGCGCAAUACAAAUGUCCCGUGGCGCAGCUGGAGGCCGACGACCAGGUGUCGUCGAGCUCCACCUUCUGCAAAGUGUACACGCUGACGCCGACCCUGGACAAGAACCGCGAGAAGCGAGGCCUGGCGCUGGACGGGAAGCUCAAACAUGAAGACACCAACCUGGCCUCCUCCACCAUCGUCAAGGAUGUGACCAACAAGGAGGUUCUGGGCAUUCUGGUAUCCUACAGGGUCAAAGUCAAGCUGGUGGUCUCACGUGGCGGCGACGUGUCGGUGGAACUGCCGUUCAUCCUCAUGCACCCGAAACCGGCCGACCCCCCCGUGUCGCGUCCGCAGUCAGCCGCGCCAGAGUCGGACCCGCCCAUCGACACCAACCUGAUCGAGUUCGACACCAACAGCGUGUCCCAGGACGACGACUUUGUUUUCGAGGACUUCGCCCGGCUGCGUCUCAAAGGCGUGGUGGACGACAAAGAUGAGGACUGCUAGGAGCGAGCCGCCCACCUGCGCGCCUCCGCACAUGUACAACGCACACACGCACGCAUACACAGGUUAACAUUCCCGGCGGACGGACGGACGGCACCAAAUUUGGGCGUCGCCUCUGUGUUGUGCCGCGUCACCGCCAUCUUCGCAUUUUAUUUGAUUGAAGGAUUUUCAAACGGGCUUCUCGCCAAUCGGCUUGUUGCGAUUCUUUGCAUACGACAGUAAAUCGAGGUUUUGGAUCUUGGCAUAUUGCGCCCAAACUGAUCUUGGACCAAAAAUGGCAAGGUGCAUUGAAAACGCGAGGCGCUUCGCAAUCCUCAUUUGCUGUUGUUUGCCAAAACAUUUGUUUGUUUUUU